GGCCUCUGCGACCAACCCGCCGCGCCCACCGUGCCCGCCGUGUCCGCGCUGCUGCCGCUGCACGACACGGGAGACGCCGGUGAUUGGGGAUCCCUGCGGAGAGCUCUCGCGCCCCAGCACCGCCUCGGGAGCCCAGCCCGCCUCGUCGCCCCAGUCCCCGCUGCCUGCCCGGCGCCAUGAGCUGCGUCCUGAACGGCGUCGUGCCCUUGGGGCUGCUGCUGCUGGUCUGCGGGGCCCAGGGCUUCUUCCUGCCCAACGUCACCCACUUGGAGGAGCUGCUCAGUAAAUACCAGCAGGACAGGCCCCACUCCCGGGUCCGGAGGGCCAUUCCCAGGUCGGACAAGGAGGAGAUCCUCAUGCUUCACAACAAGCUGCGGGGCCAGGUGCACCCCCCGGCCUCCAACAUGGAGUACAUGACCUGGGACGAGGAGCUGGAGAGGUCGGCCGCGGCGUGGGCUCACGAGUGCAUCUGGGAGCACGGGCCCACCGGUCUGCUGGUGUCCCUUGGGCAGAACCUGGCCGUCCACUGGGGCAGGUACCGUUCUCCCGGCUUCCACGUGCAGUCCUGGUACGACGAGGUGAAGCACUACACGUACCCCUACCCCCACGAGUGCGACCCCUGGUGUCCGGAGAGGUGCUCCGGGCCCAUGUGCACCCACUACACGCAGAUAGUCUGGGCCGCCACCAACAAGGUCGGCUGUGCUGUGAACACCUGCCCGAGGAUGAACGUGUGGGGAGAUGUCUGGGAGAACGCGGUCUACCUCGUGUGCAAUUACUCUCCAAAGGGGAACUGGAUUGGAGAAGCCCCCUACAAAACCGGCCGGCCCUGCUCCGAGUGCCCGCCCAGCUACGGAGGCGGCUGCAGAAACAACUUGUGUUACCGAGAAGAGACUUUCGUCCCCAAACCCGAAACGGACGAGAUGAACGAGGUGGAGGUGGCUCCCGUCCCGGAAGAGAAGCACGUCUGGGUCCAGCCGAGGGUGACCAGACCCACGAAGCCCAAGAAAGCGGCCGCGGUGAACUACAUGACCCAAGUUGUCAGCUGUGACACCAAGAUGAAGGACAAGUGCAAAGGGUCCACGUGCAACAGGUACCAGUGCCCAGCGGGCUGCCUGAGCAGCAAGGCGCAGGUGUUCGGAACUCUCUUUUACGAAAGUUCGUCCAGCAUAUGCCGGGCCGCCAUUCACUACGGGAUCCUGGACGCCAAAGGUGGCCUGGUGGACGUCACCAGGAACGGGAAGGUCCCCUUCUUCGUCAGGUCUGAGAGAAACGGCGUGGAGUCUUUGAGCAAGUACAAGCCUUCCAGCUCGUUCAUGGUGUCCAAAGUAAAAGUGCAGGACUUGGACUGUUACACCACCGUUGCUCAGCUCUGCCCGUUCGAGAAGCCGGGGACCCACUGCCCAAGAGUUCAUUGUCCGGCACACUGCAAAGACGAGCCGUCCUACUGGGCUCCCGUGUUUGGAACUAACAUCUACGCAGACACUUCAAGCAUCUGUAAGACGGCCGUGCACGCGGGAGUCAUCGGGCAGGAGAGCGGGGGUUACGUGGAUGUGAUGCCGGUGGACAAAAAGAAGGCCUACGUGGGCUCGCUCAGGAACGGAGUGCAGUCUGAAAGCCUGAGGACCCCUCGCGACGGAAAGGCCUUCCGGAUCUUUGCCGUCAGGCAGUGAAUUCCCAGCGCCGGGAGAAGGGGGCGUCUUCGAGAGGGCUUCAGGGUUUUGCUUUUUACUUUUAUUUUGUCCCUUGGGGGGGGUGGGCUGGGGAUGUAGAGAGGCGGGAAACUUCCUGUCAAUGGCGUUCAGUGUCACACCCUUUGUGCCUUUGUCUGAAACCACCCGGAGAAACCGCGCCCUUGGGGUCCCGGCAGGACGGCUGGUGCCUGGCCCUGCCGAGGCCGGGGUCUCGGUCCGAGCGCCCCCUCCGCAGGGACAGUCGCCAAGGUGCUCGUUCCCGGUGCUCUUUGGUGGGGGGUGGGGGGGGGUGGGGAAGGUUCCAGGCCUGCGGACGUGGCAGGACCCGGAGCUCACGCCGGGAGGCAGGCGGGGGCGGGAAGGGGCUUAGGGAGCAUCCAAAGGGUUUCAGGAAGGGAGUGGAAGGUGGUUAUUUAAAAACUUUGAAAACACAGUCCGUCCCCACCAGUGGAGCAAAAUGGGUUUAAUGUUUGCUGGUCAGACAAAUGGGCUGGAACGAGGGGCCGGGGACGUGAGGCCCAGGCUCGGCCCUGGUCCCCGUCCUCGCCGGCACCCUGCCUCGCACAGGCUGGUUCUGCGGACGGCAGGGCUGGCUUCUUUAGGGUUCCGCAGUAACCCCAGAGAUUUAUCUCGUCUUCGUCCUUCCCUGUGUCCGCGUGGCCCGUCUGUUUGCUGCCGUGACCUUUGGUCUCCUUGAGGACAAAUGAACCAGGAUCCUUUCUUUGCCCCCCUCCCCCCCUCCCCCCCCCCCCCCCCCCCCCCCCCCCCGCCGUGGCCCUCGCCCCAGCCCAGACUGGUUUAUGCACAAUGUUUCCCACCGGGGCUUUGCUUUGCGAGUGGUUCUGUCGGCAGCCCGACUUUUUAAUUUUUUUUUUUUAAAACAAAACUCUUAGCGCCCGUCGGUUCCACUGUUCCGUUGCUGCCUUGAAACAGUGGCAGUCAGAUGUGCAGAGUCCCCAUCCGUGGGAUGACCCCGUUUUUAGCAGCGGGAGGAAUGGAUUCCGCAGUACAUUCCUCGCCGAGGUUAGCAGCUCUGGGAAGGGGGGGGGGGCGUGUGUGGUUAUGAAACCGUCCUGCUGCAUAACAGCAAAAGAAGUAACACUCUAGAAGGAUUUCUCUUCCUGUUUUUGUGGAACGGCUCUUGCCAGACGUUCCUCCGGCUCUGAGGAGCGUGGGGCUCUCUGGUUUCCACUUUACAAAAGUCCUUCACAAGCCCAGACCGAAAACCCACAGGGCAAGAAAACACCCUUUGGUAAAUAGCGUUGCUCCGCAGAAGGUGACGCUCUCCCCGCCUCCCCCAGGCCAGCCGGCCGGCCGGCAGGUCACCUCUGGGAACACCGGUUUCAAAUCCGAUCUCACCUGGCCGUCAAAAUAUUUGAAAGGCCAAGGGACCGGCGGACGGGUUUUUUGUCGUGUUUCGUUUUGUCGGGGUUGUUUUAAAGCAAAGCUGGGAUGGUCUGGACAAGGAAGCCUCCCCCGGGGAAGGAAGUUCCAGGAUGCUGAGUGCAUCCCGACUAAAUUCACAGACUGGAGGUGAAUGGCUUCCCUCCGGCCGGAGGGAGUUGGUGAGAGCCGUGAAACUCUUCGGGCGCGCAGAGCUGAAACUAGCCGCUUCCCCGCUCUGUGCCCUGUGGGCUUCUAGUAAUUCGUAGGUUUUGACGUCUCCACCCCGAAUGUCAGAGCAGAAGAAUUUGGUCAGCCUGUCAGUGACGGGUCUCGUUACAGCCCAAGAUCUGGGUACUUGGAAACUUCUGGAUUCUAAGGGUUGUGCUGCUGGACUUCCGCUUCAUCAGACUCUGCUCUGUGACCGGCCUUUGGCGGCUGUGGCUUUGCUGGGGCUCCGGGCUUGUUAGAAGUCGAGGCGGCCCGCGGGUGUCCUGGGGGGGGCUGGCCGUGAAGGCGUCCCACCCAAGCGAGAGUCUGAAACUUCCGGAGCGAGUCCAGCCCAUCAUCUGGGGGCUCGUUUGGGUUCCCGAAUGUCUCAUGAACCGGCCCGUCUAACAGGAUAGACAGAUCCCCCCUCUCUCCCCACCCCGAACCAGAACUCGUCCCUCCCGUGCUCACAGACGUUUUGAAACUGGAACCAUUUUCCUUCCGAAGAUGGAAACAGGCCUACGGAGGCAAGGCCCCUGUAGUCAGAGACCAUCUCUAAUUUCGCGUGUUAGCAGGACCCGUUGCCCCCGUGGGCUCUUGACCCACAGAAAGAUGACGAAUCAGGCCAGCGGUGUUUCAGGGUCUGACCCUGCCCCCCAAACGAAAAGGUUCUCGUUUCCUUCAGAUUUUUGCCCCGCACCGUGUUCUGAUUUUUUUUUUAUAUUGUCUGUAGGCUCACCCAGCCCGCAGCUUACAUGUGUGCUUUUUUCUAUGAAAAAUGAUGUAUUUUACUACUUCCUGUGUACAAAAAGUUUAUUGUAAAUUGUGUGUGUGUGUGCUUUGCACGAACGGGGACCACGUUGCCUUUGUUUUGUUGUUUCAAUAAACCCGGUUUGAUUUCUAA